UAGAAAAGCCCGCCCGCCGCGGCCGUUAAGGGGGCGCGGCUUCCGGGCGCCGAGUUCGAAAGAGGAGGCCGCUGCCGCCCGCCCCGCCAUGGCCCAGUCGGUGGUGGUGCAGGUGGGCCAGUGCGGGAACCAGGUGGGCUGCCGCUUCUGGGACCUGGCGCUGCGGGAGCACGCCGCCGUCAACAAGAAAGGAAUUUAUGAUGAAGCAUUAAGCAGUUUCUUUAGGAACGUAGAUACAAGAAGUGGUGGUGAUGGUCCUGAUAUAUACAAAGGAAAAAUCUGCUCUUUAAAAGCACGAGUAAGGCAAUCUAUAAAGGCACUGUUGAUUGACAUGGAGGAGGGUGUGGUAAAUGAAAUUCUGCAGGGACCAUUGAGGGAUGUGUUUGAUAGCAAGCAGCUUAUCACAGAUGUUUCUGGUUCAGGAAACAACUGGGCUGUAGGUCAUAAGCUAUAUGGCUAUCAGUACCGGGAAAACAUUGUGGAAAAGCUGAGGAAAGCUGCAGAACAUUGUGACUGUCUACAGUGUUUUUUUAUAAUUCAUUCUAUGGGAGGUGGGACAGGAUCUGGUCUCGGAACUUUUGUGCUAAAUUUGCUUGAGGAUGAAUUCCCAGAAGUAUAUAGAUUUGUUACUUCAGUUUAUCCCUCUGGUGAAGAUGAUGUUAUUACUUCUCCAUAUAACACUGUUCUGGCUAUGAAGGAGCUUAAUGAACAUGCAGACUGUGUGCUACCAAUAGAGAAUGAAUCUCUUUUUGAUAUAGUUAAUAAAAUUCAUCAGAUGAUCAAUUCUGGGAAGCUAGGGUCAACUGUGAAGCAAAACAGCUUGGUAACAUCAAGUGCAGGCAGUGCAAAAACUGUACAAGAGAAGCCGUUUGACGCAAUGAAUAAUAUCGUAGCUAACUUGCUGUUGAACCUGACAAGCUCUGCUAGGUUUGAAGGUUCACUUAACAUGGAUCUUAAUGAAAUCAGCAUGAAUUUGGUUCCAUUUCCUCGACUUCAUUACUUGGUUUCAAGCUUGACUCCUCUGUAUACAUUGGCUGAUGUUAAUGUACCUUCUAGAAGGUUGGAUCAGAUGUUUUCAGAUGCUUUUAGUAGAGAACAUCAGCUAAUUCAAGCAGAUCCAAAGCAUAGCCUCUACCUUGCCUGUGCACUUCUCGUUCGAGGAAAUGUGCAGGUUUCAGACCUUCGCAGAAAUAUUGAAAGGUUGAAGCCUUCCCUGCACUUUGUCUCCUGGAACCAAGAGGGCUGGAAAACUGGUUUGUGUUCAGUACCUCCUGUGGGCCAUUCCCAUUCCCUUCUGUCUUUAGCAAACAACACCUGUGUAAAACCAACUUUCAUUGAACUCAAAGACAGAUUUAUGAAGCUCUAUAAGAAAAAGGCUCACCUUCACCAUUAUCUGCAUAUAGAUGGAAUGGAGCAAAGCUGUUUUUCUGAAGCCAUAUCGUCUUUGUCUGACCUAAUAGAAGAGUACAAUGAACUGGAUGCCACAAAAGGUAAGAGCACAGGCAGAAUUACAAGGAUACCUGGAAAGUAGACAGCAAUUUAAAGAUCUCAUUGCAGCAAGCAGAUUAAAAGCCUGCAGAUCCACAGAUCUGCAACAAAUAAAGGCAAGUUAAAUGGCUGUUUACACUUGGUACAUUUUUUAAAGUAUGACCUAGGUACAUCCCUAUGUAUCUGAAUUAGGUAAAUCAAUUUGACAAGGAAAGCCAGAAAACAAAGCAAGAGCAGUGAAGUGAAACUUAGCACUUGUUAUCCACAGUAACAGAAAAAAGGCUUUUCAAAAUAGAUAUAUUAUAUACAUAUAAUACUGGCCCAUUGAGCCAUUCAUGAAAUUCAUGCACAAGUUGACUUGACACUUCUGCUGCACUGGGAAAGGGAAGGGGAAAGACCUCACUUUGAAACAAAAAUUUCAAGGUGCUUUUCUUCAGAGGGUUUGUAUCACCUGAAGGAUGGCAUCCUUCAGCACAUACAGCCACCACAGGGACAGGCUGUCAGGUCCCUGAACCAAGUCAAAUAGGAAGUGUGCUUUUCAAGCUGGGUAUCUUUUCUCAAGGUUAUGUUGUGCAGUUGAUUCAAAUUCCUGAAUAAACACCGUGAGGUGCAGCAUUGCACUCAGUGAAGGAGUUACUGAAGGUUGGACUUCAGCUUUUGGAGCUGCUGAAGUGCUACAAAGUAAUGGCUUAAUGCUGUGCUCCAGGUGUUGGAAAUACAGCUCCCCACAAACCCAAUUAAUAUAUUUCACGGGGUCAAAUGGUUUGGUUGCCAUUGUUUUCAACAUGUUAUGUUCUCUCUUUGAUCAAAUUAGCAAUGUUCUCUAGAAAUUAACUCUUCACUUGAAGUCCGUUGCUAUACUGAGUGUGUGUUUAUACACAGCAUUAAGUAUGUUUCUGUAAAAAGGCUUUGAUACUAGUUAUAGGUAUUAUACUUUUGAAGUAAAGAUGAGCUGCUUUUUUUUUAUUUUUGCUAACUUGCAUAACCACUGCUAAUGUGUUAGAAGUUGUCCAAACUGAACUUCAGGUUUUGUAAGCAGGUCUAUUUAUCUGCAGAUCAACUUAUGUGCAUCUAUUUAUUUACUCAGUAGCCUUUUAUGAAGGUUUUCUGAUGAGCUUUGUGAUCCUUUUAGUUUUAUUUUAUAGAUCCAUGAUGAUGAUUCGGGCCAUAAUUUUCCCACAAUUGAAGCUGCCACCAAAUAAAUGGCUCAGGUUUCUGGUACCCACAUUAGUUGUAACGAAGAGGAGUUUCACCAUGGAAACUUGCAUGUGCACCUGGAAGGAGACAGCACAAGCACAGACAGCUGUGGCCAGGGAAGGGCAAGGAUAGCUGCUUCUUGCAAUGGUGCUUCCUUAAAGUAAAAAAGAGAACUACAGUGUUAACAGCAGAGCAAGAAUGAGGUUAGAGGGAAUAUCAACUGACCCUGGCAGAACUGCAUGGAUAAGCUCGUGUAUGCUUUUGAUUAGACCAAAUGGAGAAGAAAUUGGGAGAAGCAUUGUCCUUGCAGUGAC